AAGGAGACCAAGAAAGAGAGUCGUCAGGUUGAGAGCUCACUGCUGCGCCUGCUUCUUGAUCGAAUCGAGUGAACACCGAUCGAAAUCCAAUCCAAGAUGGAGGCUUGCAACCUGUGUGUUUGAUUGUGGCUUCCAAGAUAUGUAUUCAGCAAGUUGGAAAAAUAAUAUUGACGAUUUGGAUGGGAUGGCAACUGGGAGCGAAGCCGAGAAGGCAGCUGAGGCUGUGCUUGAGUGGCAUAAACAGGACAAUAAGAGGAUGCUUCACGCUGUUUACCGUGUCGGGGAUCUGGACAGCACAAUCAAGUAUUACACGGAAUGUUUUGGGAUGAAACUGCUGAGGAAAAGAGAUGUUCCUGAGGAGAAGUACACCAACGCCUUCCUUGGGUUUGGACCGGAGGACACCAACUUUGCACUUGAAUUGACAUACAAUUAUGGCAUUGAUAAGUAUGACAUUGGGGAGGGCUUUGGGCAUUUCGCUAUCGCUCAUGAGGAUGUGUACAAGUUGGCUGAGACAAUCAAAUCCAAGGGUGGCACGAUCACUCGUGAACCUGGUCCUGUCAAGGGAGGAUCCACUGUAAUUGCCUUUGCAAAGGACCCUGAUGGUUACCUAUUUGAGCUUAUCCAGAGGGGUCAGACACCUGAGCCUCUUUGCCAAGUUAUGCUCCGUGUUGGUGACCUUGAGCAUUCUAUCAAGUUCUAUGAGAAGGCCCUUGGGAUGAAGCUCCUAAGGAAGAAGGAUGUGCCUGAUUAUAAGUAUACCAUUGCCAUGUUGGGCUACGCUGACGAGGACAUGACAACCGUUCUGGAGUUGACAUACAACUAUGGUGUCACAGAAUAUAGCAAGGGCAAUGCAUAUGCUCAGGUUGCUAUUGGCACCAAUGAUGUGUACAAGAGUGCUGAGGCUGUUGAUCUGGCGACCAAAGAACUAGGGGGCAAGAUUUUGCGGCAGCCAGGGCCGCUACCCGGGAUUAACACAAAGAUCACCUCUUUUGUUGAUCCAGAUGGCUGGAAAGUGGUCUUGGUUGAUCAUGCCGACUUCCUGAAGGAACUCCAGUGAAGAUCAAAACACACUAAUGCCAUGCUAGGAGGCAAACCUUAUGUAGCAAUGAUUGUCUUUGAUGUAAUAAAAAGGAGGUUUCGGCUCGACAAACAGAAUUAGAAAUAGAUACUGCUACAGAGGUUGUGCGUUUGCUAGUUAGGCCUGGGAUUGCUCUGUGUAUGCUAUGCAAUGCUACCUAUAGCAACAUCGUUUAUUGAGGUGGAUCAGUUUGCGUGGUUGAA